AUGGCUUCCAGAAAUUUACCUCCUCAAAGGGGAGAAUUCGUCGUCAGAGGAGAUGGAAAUUGUUUUUACCAAGCAAUUGCCCUCUGGAAUGAUGAAAUAAGUGAUGAAAUAACAUGAAGAAAUCCACAGGUUAAGUGCUAGUUUGAUAGAGAGAAAUCCGAAUGUGUUUGAGCCGCUACUUUUCUCUUCGAACUCCGUGGAGGAUCAUGUCAAAAACAGCAAGAUCACGGGAACUUGGGCUGAAACUGUUGACAUCUUCAGCUGUGCAUCACUUCUCGAGCGACCCAUUUGCACCUUCUUAUCGUCGCAGAAAACAUGA